UCAUUUGAAAUUCUAGGCAAAUACUUCUGAGCCCAAAAGACGCUGGUAUUCAGCACUGCCCUACCAGGUGACGCAGCUUUUUUGUGAGGUUAUUCCUUAGUCGAACAUGAUGUCUUCUKCASCGAUAAGACUUAGCAACGACACUUUGUUGWCCGUUCAAAAUSCUUCCAUUGCAAACACCACCAAUUCGUCGUUUCCUGCUAUGCACUAUUGCAUUCGACCCGAGCCGGACGGAAGAUCUGUUAUUGCAGUGAAAACAGCCAUCUUGUGCAUCAUAAUGCUGGCUGCUUUGGUCGGCAACAUGAGCAUCAUAAUAAUCGUGCUGAAAACAAAGUCCCUGAAAAAAGCAGUGAACUUUUUGCUUGUGAACAUGGCGACCGCUGAUUGCCUUUUAGCAAUGUUUGCGAUCCCUCAUCGCCUWGUUCCGAUUGUAACACGGUCGUUCCAGUGGCGAGUUCAGGGGGAAGCCGGGCUAGCAUUAUGCAAGAUUGUUUUCAUUUGUGUCGAUACAGCUUUAAUAGCGUCUAUAUCAAGCAUGGURUGCCUGGCAAUCGAUCGUUUUUGCGCCGUAGUAAUGCCGCUUAAUCGRAGCUUGAUAACCAGCAGAAUCCGUAAAGGCGCUAUUAUCCUGACAUGGGUCGUUGCCUUGGGGUACGCGUCUCCGUACCUGUACAUUGUGAAGAUGUCUACAUAUAAUGGCAAUCCCUUUUGCCAAGUUGACUGGGGUUUGGCAAAUCUGGAACAUUCAAAGGCAAUGACAAUGCAUGCUAUCUUUGUGAUUAGCAUCUUUGGAGUGCUUCCAUGGCUUCUCGUCAUCGUYCUCUACUCCAUCAUGAUCAAGGAGAUCAAGAAAAGUAAGCAUGCUUCACACCCCAGUUUGAAGAACAGRCCUCAGAAAUACGACCUUAAAGUCAUAAAGCUCUCUGCCACUAUUGUCGUGUCUUUUGCAGUUUGCAAUUUUCCWGYCAGUGCGAUGUACCUGGUUGUUGCCUUUGUCUGGAAAUGGUCUUCCUCAAUCUGCGCACCUCUGUACUGGUCAAGUCUUUGGUUCGCGGCCGAAACAUUGGUUCUAUUGUACACAGUGUUAAAUCCUUGUAUCUGCUUUAUGUUUAGCGAAAACUUUCGUAAAGGAUUCGGAGAAUUAUUUUGCUUUGCCCAACGUGCCGCCUUCUCAGCGGAAGGAUCAUCAGCAUACAGCAGGCAGCGGUCGAGUAAAACGUUCCUCGAGACUCAAAAUAAUUCUUCGUUUGAACUUUCUGCUGUAGAUUACUCCCGAUGAGACUGAGCAUCUGCAUGCGAUGUUUUGAUUCCGAUAUAUUGAUUUGUUAAUUAUAGGCAUGUAGAAAAUAGCAUGAAACGGGGAAAGUCAUAAUACUAAAUAGCGCAUUGUGCAAACUGAUAAGAAAAUGUUAUUGUGUCAAUGAUAAGAAUACAMCAAUAAAAACAGAUUUAAUAAUUUA